AUGGAGACUCCCCGUGUGUCCCACCGUGGCUUCCUCACCCGGGCAGCGCUCACGUGGAGAUCAGUGCUCGGUGACGGUGGAGGUCAGGGCCCCAGGACUGCACUUCUGGACGCCCGGCUGCCGGAACCACAAGCUGGCACGUCAGGCUUGGCUGUCAACAGGAGAGGCGGGCCUGGCCCUUGUCACGGACCCUGCCUCGGGGCGCUGCGGCCCACGGCGCGCGGAGACCCCUGCGUCCUCUGGCGGCUGAACAUCCUGCAUCUGGACCACGAGGCCUCGGCCCAGCGAGGCCAGGAAGCUGCUUCUGAGGGCACACCCACCUGCCGGGCUAUGGUUGGGGGUCCCAAGGUCCGCCGCCCCGGCAGGUGGAUGAAGACAGGGACCCAGCGGGGAGCACGGAGCCAGGAGGAGAGGAGGCUCACGACUGGGGCCCCCCACGCCACUGCCUCCACCGAGCGGCCCCAGCUCCCGGGCGCUGAGACCCGCGGCCUCUGA